UUGGAGGAAGAUUAACUCUUGUAAAGCAUGUUCUUUUUAAGUAUGCCUAUACAUAUCUUAUCGGUUAUUUACGUACCUCAAGGGGUUAUUCAUCAAAUUCAUUCUUUGAUCUGAAAUUUUAUUUGGGAAGAGGCAAAUGCGGAGAUGUUAAUUUCUGGCAAGAAAAUCGGUCUGGUCUAGGACCAUUAGCAAACCUGGUGGAGGUAGUGGAGCCUGAUUUGAGGCUAAAUGCGGUGGUGACCUCAAGGGGAUGGAAUGAAGAUGUCUUAUCAGAUUUAAUCAGGAGUGACUUAGCUAAAGCUGCUAUAGACUUUGUUCCAAAGUUAUGUGACGGAGUGGAUACAGUUGUUUGGAAACCCUCUCCAGAUGGCUUGUUCGGCACUGGGAGUACUUGGAAGCUCAUUCGAGACAAACAUGAGUGUGUAGAUUGGGAUAAAUGGGUAUGGCAUCCACUAAUUCCAAAAAGAAUCUCUUUUAUUACUUGGAAAGCUAUGCAAAAUGCACUCGUUGUGGAUGAAAAAUUACAAAUGGAGGGGAUCCCCUUAGCAUCAAAAUGUGUAUGUUGUGUUAUACCUCACUGUAAGUCUCUCAACCAUUUGUUGGAUGGCAGCGACCUAGCAGAAUUUCUUUGGAAUCAGAUAUUGAUGACGACAGGCAUCACUAACAUUCUAUCUUUGGGUUGGAGACAACGAAUGAAUUUCUGGUUCUCCAAGGCAUCAAAACCGUCCCAAGUAGGCAUGAUUAUUGGCUUUUCCCCUGUUUUGAUUUUCUGGGUGAUUUGGACAGCAAGGUGCAGAAAAAAGAUGGAAGGUGUGGACAUUAAUUAUGAUCAGAUUUGGGCUCCAGUGAAGUGGUGGAUGGGUGAACUAUGUGCCAAUGCGGCUAAGAUUGAUGGAUGUUGCAUAGGAAAUCCUGGUAAUUGUGGUAGAGGUGGAGUGAUUAGGGCAAAUAAUGGGGAGUUCAUCUAUGCUUUUCACACUUUCUAUGGUCACGGUAUUAACACAUGGGUGGAGCUAAAAGCUGUUUUGGAAGGCAUCCACAUAUGUGUAGAACGAAAUUUCCCAAAGAUUAUAAUCAAAAGUGAUUCUCAAGUCGUUGUGAACUGGUUCCUCAAUAAACGAUGUACAGGAUGGAUAUUUUGGAAAGCAUGGGAGGAGAUAAAUGAUCUCAUGAUUGGAAGAGAAGUGGCGCUUAGACAUGUUUUCCGGGAAGCAAACCAAGUUGCAGACGCAUUAUCAAAAAUAGGUGGAAAUAUAAGCAAGACAACAUUUCGUGAUAUGGCAGAUCUUCCUGGGGCAGUUACCAACUUAUUUAUAUCAAAUAGAAAUCAUUUUCCAUAUGUACGACGUUAUCUUUAA